CCCUCACCCCCCGCCCGUGUGUUUGAACAGGAAGGCGGACAUGUUUGUGGAGCGCCUGUGAGUCAGGAGGAGCUUGCGGCAUCAUCCUUCGUGAGCCGCAAGAAGCAGAGCAGCCCUGGCAGGCGAGUGUGCCCCCGGGCGGAGGACGGACGGACGGCGCUGAGGAACGUUAUGGCCGGAUACUGACCGGACGUCUGCCUGCCCGUAGUAGCUGUCACCCGGCCCCCCCUCCGGCCAGGGCCUGUGUGUAUGUAUCCGCCGGAGGCCCGUAGGGAGGAUGCCGGGGUCCGUUCCGCUGCAGAGCCCGGCGCUGAGGCGGGGGUGAGGGAGCGCGGAUCUGAGCGACACGCCGGGGAGCGAUCUGUGUGAGGAGCCGAGCACCGACCGCCACCCCUGCCGCCUGCAGCCAUGUCUACCGGGGACAGCUUCGAGACCCGCUUCUCCAAGAUCGACGUCCUGCUCCGCGACCCCAAAUCGGAGGUGAACACGGACUGCCUGCUGGAUGGCUUGGACGCUAUGGUGUAUGACUUGGACUUCCCUGCGAUGAGGAAAAACAAGAACAUUGACAACUUCCUAAAUCGAUAUAAAGACACAAUAAGUAAAAUUCGGGAUUUGCGAAUGAAAGCUGAAGAUUAUGAAGUGGUUAAGGUCAUUGGCAGAGGAGCUUUUGGUGAAGUCCAACUGGUGAGGCACAAAUCUUCCAGAAAGGUGUACGCCAUGAAGCUGUUAAGCAAGCUGGAGAUGAUAAAGAGGUCAGACUCUGCCUUCUUCUGGGAAGAAAGAGACAUUAUGGCAUUUGCCAACAGUCCUUGGGUUGUUCAGUUAUUCUAUGCUUUUCAAGAUGAUCGGUAUCUUUAUAUGGUGAUGGAGUACAUGCCUGGAGGAGACCUGGUCAAUUUAAUGAGUAACUAUGAUGUACCUGAGAAAUGGGCGCGUUUCUAUACCGCUCAAGUGGUUUUAGCCUUAGAUGCCAUUCAUUCAAUGGGCUUCAUUCACAGGGAUGUGAAGCCUGACAAUAUGUUGCUGGACAAGUCUGGUCAUUUAAAACUUGCAGAUUUUGGUACUUGUAUGAAGAUGAACUCUGAAGGAAUGGUACGAUGCGACACUGCUGUAGGAACUCCGGACUACAUUUCCCCUGAAGUAUUAAAAUCUCAGGGUGGUGAUGGUUACUACGGACGAGAAUGUGAUUGGUGGUCCGUUGGAGUCUUUCUUUAUGAAAUGCUUGUAGGAGACACUCCUUUCUAUGCAGACUCACUGGUUGGUACUUAUAGCAAGAUCAUGAAUCACAAAAACUCACUUACAUUCCCAGAGGACAGUGACAUUUCAAAAGAGGCGAAAAACUUGAUAUGUGCAUUCCUCACUGACAGAGAAGUCCGGUUGGGGCGGAAUGGGGUUGAAGAAAUUAAAAGACAUCUUUUCUUCAAAAAUGACCAAUGGGCAUGGGAGACUCUCCGAGAUACUGUAGCUCCGGUUGUGCCAGAUUUAACCAGUGACAUUGAUACAAGUAAUUUUGAUGAUUUGGAGGAAGAUAAAGGAGAGGAAGAAACAUUCCCAAUACCCAAAGCAUUUGUGGGGAACCAGCUUCCUUUUGUAGGAUUCACCUAUUACAGUAACAGGCAGUAUUUAUCUGACCCUGCGUCAAGUGCUGAUGACAAUAGAUCCAGUUCUAAAGUAGAUAAGAACCUGGUGGAGAAUUUGCAGAAGAGCAUCUAUCAACUUGAAGAGCAGUUACAUAAUGAGAUGCAGCUAAAAGAUGAGAUGGAGCAGAAGUGCAGGAUGUACAACAUUAAGCUGGACAAGAUAAUGAAGGAGCUGGAUGAAGAGGGCAAUCAAAGAAAAAACUUGGAGUCAGUCGUGUCUCAAAUUGAAAAGGAAAAGAUGAUGCUCCAGCACCGAAUGAAUGAAUUCCAAAGAAAGGCAGAACAGGAGAGCGAAAAGCGGAGGAAUGUAGAAAACGAAGUGUCCACAUUAAAAGACCAAUUGGAAGAUUUAAGAAAAAUCAAUCAGAAUUCUCAGAUGACAAAUGAAAAAAUAUCUCAGUUACAAAAACAGUUGGAAGAAGCCAAUGACUUCUUAAGAACGGAGUCGGACACUGCUGCAAGACUGAGGAAAAGUCAAAAUGAGAUGGGCAAGACUAUUACACAGCUGGAAACACUUAAUCGGGAAUUACAGGAUAGGUGCCGGCUAUUGGAAAGUGCCAAAUUACAAGUGGAAAAGGAUUUUUUUCAACUACAGGCGGCCUUAGAUUCGGAGAGGAGGGACAGGAACCAAGGAUCAGAACUUAUUGGGGAUCUACAAGCGAGAAUGACAUCAUUGCAAGAAGAAUUGAAGCAUUUCAAACACAAUCUUGAAAGGGCAGAAAUGGAUAGGAAGGAGGCAUUGGAUCUCCUGAACAAGUCAGAAAAAGAAAAGAACAAUUUAGAAAUAGAGCUGAACUAUCAGCUUAAAUCCUUGCAACAGCGGCUGGACCAGGAGAUCAAUGAGCAUAAGGUGACAAAGGCAAGACUGAGUGACAAACACCAGACAUUUGAGGAAGAAAAGUCAGUGGCCAUGUGUGAGAUUGAAAUGAAAGUGAAAGCAGAACGGGCAGCGAAGGAGAGAGCGGAGAGCCGGAGGAUGGAGAUAGAGAAGCAGUGUUCGAUGCUGGAUUUUGACCUCAAACAGUCACAUCAGAAAUUAGACCAUCUGGUUCAACAAAAGGAGAGGCUGGAAGAGGAGGUGAAACAGCUGACCCUGCAGCUGGAGCAGGAGUCGAAGAAAAGGAUCACUGCACAGAAUGAGCUGAAGGUGCACGCGUUUGAGGCCGAUAAUCUGAAGGGAUCUGAGAAACAGUUGAAGCAGGAAAUAAAUACGUUGUUGGAAGCAAAGAGGUUGUUGGAGUUUGAGCUGGUCCAGUUAACAAAGCAGUACAGAGGCAAUGAAGGUCAAAUGAGGGAACUUCAGGAUCAACUUGAAGCUGAGCAGUAUUUUUCAACACUGUACAAAACUCAGGUUAAAGAACUUAAAGAAGAAGUUGAAGAGAAGACGAAGCUCAGCCAAGAACUGGAUAAGAAAUUACAUGAACUUCAAAAUGACAGAGAAACUCUAACCGCGCAGUUGGACCUGGCUGUGACAAAAGCGGAAUCGGAACAGCUGGCCCGGGCACUUCUGGAAGAACAGUGCUUUGAAUUGACCCAAGAGAGCAAAAAGCUAUCGACAAGAACCAGACAGGACAAUAUAGAUAAAGAUCAUACCAUCCGCAAGCUGGAGGAAACAAACCACACAUUAACCAAAGAUGUUCAAGAAUUAACCAAAGAAAAUGCAGAACUGACUGAGAAGUUUAAGACACUGGAAGAGGACUUGAAACUGAAGCAAGAAGAACUUAGCAAUUUGAAGAUUACGUAUGAGAAGAAUAUAAAUACUGAAAGAACGCUUAAAACUCAGGCUGUGAACAAACUGGCUGAGAUCAUGAAUAGGAAAGAUUUCAAACUGGACAGGAAGAAAGCCAACACGCAGGACCUGAGAAAGAAAGAGAAGGAAAAUCGUAAGCUGCAGUUAGAUCUCAACCAGGAGAAGGAGAAAUACAACCAGAUGGUUACCAAAUUUCAGAAGGAGAUGGAAGAUAUGUUAAUGCAAUUGACUGAAGAAAGUAAUACCAGGAAUGAACUUCAGAUGCAGCUGGCCAGUAAAGAAAGUGACAUAGAACAGUUGCGUGCCAGACUGGCGGAGCUGCAGCUACGUAUGGACUCUACAAGUGUUGCUAGUCUACAGCCAGAUGAAGCAGAUGGAAUGAUAGGCGAAUCCGAAUCAAGAAUUGAGGGGUGGCUGUCUAUUCCGAAUAGAGGGAAUAUAAAAAGGCAUGGUUGGAAGAAACAGUAUGUUGUGGUUAGCAGUAAGAAGAUAAUAUUUUACAAUGAUGAGCAGAAUAAGGAACAGUCCAACCCAUCCAUGGUACUAGAUAUAGAUAAGCUUUUCCACGUCCGCCCUGUUACACAAGGGGAUGUUUAUCGCGCGAAUACUGAAGAGAUCCCGAAGAUAUUCCAGAUACUUUAUGCCAAUGAAGGCGAAUGUAGGAAAGAUUUGGAAUUGGAUCCAGUGCAGCAAGUGGAGAAGACCAAUUUCCUCAACCACAAAGGGCAUGAGUUCAUUCCUACACUGUAUCAUUUCCCAGCAAAUUGUGAAGCUUGCUCCAAGCCAUUAUGGCAUGUUUUCAAACCUCCUCCAGCACUGGAAUGCAGAAGAUGCCAUGUUAAGUGCCAUAGGGACCACCUGGAUAAGAAGGAGGAGCUCAUCUCCCCUUGUAAAGUGAGUUAUGAUGUUACAACUGCAAGAGAUAUGCUUUUGUUGGCGUGCACUCAGGAUGAACAGAAAAAAUGGGUGUCUCAUUUACUGAAGAAAAUACCCAAAACCCCACCUUCAAAUUUUGUCCGCAUCUCCCCAAGGAGCAUGUCUACUAGGUCAACAAACCAGUCCUUCCGAAAGCCUAUGAAAACUGGUUCUGGAAAAGCCAGCUAAUCUUGGUUGGCCACUGUGCAUUCAUGAAGCUGGUCUUCCAUAUUUACAGACUGGUGCAAAGAAGCUGCUAUAUCCAUCGGCAAAGGAGCAACAGGCUUUCAGGGUGACUUUUUCUUCCUCUUCCCAUUGCUAAAGCACAGAGAGCAUGUAUGAGGGUCUUUUCUCGUGGGCUUGUCUACGGAUAGAAUAGACGGAUUAUUACUAUGUAAUGCAAGUUGUUAAAGCUUAGCUAUGUUUAUUUUCAUAUAUAUUUAUAUUAUCCAAAUCAAUGUAAAGUUAUUCUUUGGAUAUCUAUGGAAGCCUGUUGAUGGGGAAACAGCUUAUGCACAGAUGAGGAUGGCAGGAACUGCGCCACGUAUGGAUAUCAGAGGAAUAUGUCUCAAUGAGAACAGAAGUUCCUGUAUAUUAUCUCCAUCUUCCUGAAGACUGCAAAUUGUUCUUGCAAAAAGUGACCACUUGAACUCUAGUGCCUUCACUUUCCGGCUGUUGGUAGCCUUAUGUCAAAAGCACUUGUGGGAGGACAGAGUCUGUUUUGUGCUUUGCAUAUAUUAUACAGCCAUUCAUCAAAGUGAAAGGUCAACAGAUACGUUUUAACUAUGCAUUUUACUUGUUUUAUUACUUUGUUUUUGCCAAGCCAUAUUGAAACGUGUUUAAUACAUAGAGGCAUUAGAAACUAACAGUACAAUCCAAGUUCUAUGUGUGUUUUGAGUACAUCAUUCUGUUUAUUUUGUAUUGUUUUUGCCUUACAGUUUUUAAAGAUACAGAACGUUAAGUUAACGGACAUAUAAAAUAUGUAUGCACUGUGUGGACUUGUAAAUUAUUUGUUAGAACACUUUAUUGGGUAUUGCUUUUGUUCUUUUUAGUGCCUUAUUUCAUUUAUUUUACUGCCAUGUUUUGUUUGGUUUUCUUUUUUAGCGUAUGGGCACAAAACUUGUAUCCUGAAGAUAAUACCCUUUCCAAGUCACAGGUUUUACCGGGCUCAUAUCACACUGCUUUUAACGGAGGGAGAUUAAAAGGCCAUUUACAAAAGGGUUUAGAGGCAAAAGUUGACUCAAGUAUUUUCAGAUGUCAGUUUUACAUUCCUAGUAGAUAAACCCAUUACUUCUAGGGUUUUAAAUCUCUGAUUAGCUCCAUAUUGGAGCAAAUCAGUAUCAUAGCCAGCAGUCGGCCUGUUAUUUGUACGGCUGUCUGGUCACCAAUUCCCUUAGCUGUCCUGCAGAAGACUUUACAGACCAGGCCUCAAGCUGGUGUACAAGGAGUUGUGCCCGGUUACACUGACGAGCCCAUUCCUUACGGUUGCAGUCAUGGAACAGCUAUUGUGUGGAGGAUAAUCGUUUGUUUGCUUUCUUUCAUGGUUUAAGAGAAGACAUAUCAUGUGAUUUCUGAACAAUCACUGAGCUAAACUACCUGCUAUAUGGUUUGUUUUAAUAAAAAUAUGCUGAGCAUACAAGCUUGAAAGCAUUAAAAUAGUGUUUCACAUUUUUAUAAACUCUUGAUAAUAUAGGGAUUCUAAUAUAAAUGUUCCUGCUUAUCAGCGGAGACAGGUUAAGGUAUGGGCAAUAAUGGUUUAUUUUUUUUAUUUUUUUUACCAAAUACCUCCUCAAUAAUUUAUAAUGGCUUUGCAGUUUCAUUUCUUAAAUAAAAAUAGAAAAAAAAGCACUGGAACCCUAGUUUGUCUGAAGGCAAUUUGCAUGUUACAAGUGGUAUUGAAAUCCGCACUGAUGGAUAUGUAAUAAUAAACAUAUCUGUUAUUAAUAUACUAA